AUGGGGAGCGUUCCACUGCCCGCCUGCCUGCUGGCGCUCAGCCUCACCGGCACCGUCCUGGCCCCAGGCUGUGGGGCUGCGCAGGGCCGCCUCGCCCACAAGCUGUUCCACGACCUCUUCGCCAACUACUCCAGCGCCCUGCGGCCCGCCGAGGACACGGAGCGGGCACUCAAUGUCACCCUGCAGGUCACCCUGUCCCAGAUCAUCGACAUGGAUGAGCGGAACCAGGUGCUCACCUCCUACCUGUGGGUCCGCCAGGCCUGGCUGGAUGCCCACCUGGCCUGGGAUAAAGACGCCUACGGUGGCAUCGACAGCAUCCGCAUCCCCAGCAGCUACGUCUGGAGGCCCGACAUCGUCCUCUACAACAACGCCAACGAGCGUUUUGGUGGCUCCAUGGAGACCAACGUGGUGCUGCGCUCCGACGGUCACAUCAUGUGGGACGCUCCCGCCAUCACCAAGAGCUCCUGCAAGGUGGACGUCUCCUACUUCCCCUUCGACGGGCAGCAGUGCCACCUCACCUUCGGCUCCUGGACCUACAACGGGAACCAGAUCGACCUCCGCAACCGCCUGGACACGGGCGACCUGACCGACUUCGUGGAGAACGUGGAGUGGGAGGUGCUGGGCAUGCCGGCCACGCGCAACGUGGUCACCUAUGGCUGCUGCUCGGAGCCCUACCCCGACGUCACCUACACCCUGCUGCUCCGCCGCCGCGCCUCCUUCUACAUCUUCAACCUGCUGCUGCCCUGCAUCAUGAUCUCCUUCCUGGCCCCGCUGGGGUUCUACCUGCCCGCCGACUCCGGGGAGAAGGUGUCUCUGGGGGUGACGGUGCUGCUGGCUCUCACCGUGUUCCAGCUGCUGGUGGCGGAGAGCAUGCCGCCCUCGGAGAGCGUGCCGCUCAUUGGGAAGUACUACAUUGCCACCAUGACCAUGAUCACCGCCUCCACCUCUCUGACCAUCUUCAUCAUGAACGUCCACCACUGCGGGCCGGGCGCCCGCCCGGUGCCACCCUGGGCACGUCGCCUCAUCCUGCACCACUUGGCGCGCGCCCUCUGCGUCUGUGAAGUGGGCGAGAGCUGCGGCCGCCCCCAGAGAGAGGGGACGGGGGGGACGGGGCCGAGGGACCCCCCUGGAGAGGGCGCGGAGCCGGGGCUGUGCCCCCACAGCCGCUGCCUCUGCCACCACCGCGCGGUGCUCAGCAGCGUGGGGUACAUCGCCGGCGUCUUCCGACGGCACCGCACCGCCCAGCGCCACGCCGCCGAGUGGAAGAAGGUGGCCAAGGUGAUGGACCGCUUCUUCAUGUGGGUCUUCUUCCUCAUGGUCUUCCUCAUGAGCGUGCUGGUGAUCGGCAACGCCGCCUGA